AUGGAAAAAUCUCACAGAAUCCUCGUCCUGUUCGGCGGCUCAAAAGGCUGGAACGCAUCAGAUUGGACAGCGUCCGACGACCGCGUGCGCGGCGGCGCAUCCCAGUCAUAUCUGGACUGUUCGUCUGCUGUUGCGCGAUUCCAUGGAAACUUGGACAUCAAGACGCUCGGUGGCGCAGGAUUCGCUUCCCAGCGCACUACGCUGGACGACAAGCCGUGGGACUUGUCGUCGUACUCGGGUGUGCAUCUCGAUUUGGGCAAGGCGGAUGGGAAGAAGUAUACGUUUGUGAUUAAGGAUGAGAUUCUGCCGUUGAUGGAGGAUGGGCGGGAGCAGAAAGCGGGAGCGGAGGGAUUGUACAUCCCGUGGAGUUCGCUCAAGCCAACGUAUCGUGGCAAAGAGAAGAAAGAUGCGGGAAAACUGGACUUGAAGAAUGUCAGGAGGUUUAGUAUCAUGAGCAGAAGCUUCUUUGGCGGUCAAGAAGGCGACUUCUCGCUCGAAAUCAAGGCAGUCAAAGCUGUUCGACAGUCCUCAGAUCUUGAGGGCGGUAUCCAGAAUGUAAGACUCAGUAACAAGCUUUGA